UGAUCAGGGGGACUGUGAGCACAAUUACCUUCUUUUCAAAUCCUUCUGUGACACUGCGGGAGGAAAAAGGACUUUGAAACUUGAAAGGAAAGAGCUUGCUUUCAACCUCAAAAGCUAGGAGGAAAGGGCUCUGAAAUUUGCUCAGUAUUCCCAAUUCACCAUUAGCCUGUUUCUUCCUUUAGCCUCAAGGCAUUCUCCGCUUUUUGAAAAGAUGUUAAGAAAUUCAGUCACAAUAGAGAGCCUAGUUUUGAACAUGUUUCACUCGGUCCAUUGAGGUCUGGUCUUCAGCCUUUGUGUGGGGUGAAUUGAGCUGAGCAGCAAGCUGGUUGGGGAGAGGUGAAUGAGCAGUCUCUGUGCAGUCACAAAUUCUGGCAAAGAAAAGAUUACCCUUUCCUUUAUUUUACAAUAUGCAUUCCUGUACAAUCCUGCUAGUGGCAAUAUGCGGAGCCGAGCUUGUGCUUAGGUCAAUAUGGAGCACUUGGUUUAUAGCAACUCUUGUUAAGUUUGUCUUGUAAUUGAAGCUGCUGUUGACCUUGCUUGGAGACCAUUUGUAAAACCGUUUAUUUAGCAUAAACUGAAAUAAUAAACCCUCCUUCUCUUAGGCCGAUUGUGAUAGGGUGACAUUAGUUUGAUUUAAUGAUUAGCCGCCUGACCCCUCAGCUAGAGAGAGCUGCUUGAAUAGGGAGAGUUCACUAGGAAGCACACAGGAAGAAUACUAAUGAGCUUGUUAAAUUUAGCAUGGCACCAACCACUUUUAAUUCCUCUAAUGGGAGAAGCACUGCCUCAGAGUGGGGGGGAAGGGAGAGAGACAGCCAGAAGGAGAGGGAGGAAUGCCCACGUCCCAGUAAGCCAGAGAAACUUGGGCAAGAGAAGAGCUUGGAGGGAGCAUCAGCCAGGGUCUCUUGGACUGAGUUAGGAUGAAAGUCCUGGGCAGACCUAUCACAGAGAGAGAAGGAACGCGAUCACAAUGCAGCCGCAGGGUGGGCAAGGCCUCGGCAAGAUCAGUGAAGAGCCUUCCACGUCGAGUGAGGAAAGGGCCUCAUUAAUCAAGAAGGAGAUCCAUGGAUCUAUAUCGCACCUUCCCGAACCUUCUGUACCUUACCGUGGGACGCUGUUUACCAUGGACCCCCGAAACGGUUACAUGGACCCUCAUUACCAUCCGCCUCACCUCUUCCCAGCAUUCCACCCUCCUGUACCUAUUGAUGCGAGACAUCAUGAGGGGCGCUACCAUUACGAACCAUCUCCCAUUCCUCCUCUGCAUGUGCCUUCUGCUUUAUCAAGUAGCCCAACAUACUCAGAGCUUCCAUUCCUUAGAAUUUCCCCACACCGAAAUCCUGCUGCAACAUCAGAGUCUCCCUUCAGCACCCCUCACCCUUACAUUAACCCCUACAUGGACUACAUCAGGUCCCUGCACAGCAGCCCAUCCCUCUCCAUGAUCUCAGCGGCCCGUGGGCUCAGCCCAACAGACGCUCCACACGCUGGCGUCAGCCCAGCUGAAUAUUACCAUCAGAUGGCUCUGUUGGCAGGCCAGCGCAGCCCAUACGCAGACAUCAUUCCUUCAGCUGCCACUGCAGGAGCCGGUGCUCUUCAUAUGGAAUAUCUUCACGCCAUGGAUAGUGCCAGGUUUCCGAGUCCAAGAUUGUCAGCUAGACCAAGCCGGAAGCGCACGUUGUCCAUAUCCCCCCUGUCUGAUCACAGCUUUGACCUUCAGACCAUGAUACGGACAUCUCCAAAUUCCUUGGUCACAAUUCUGAAUAACUCUCGUAGCAGUUCCUCAGCCAGUGGUUCUUAUGGCCACUUAUCUGCAAGUGCAAUAAGCCCUGCUUUGAGUUUCACAUACCCUCCUACACCGGUAUCCCUCCAGCAAAUGCAUCAGCAAAUUAUAAGUCGUCAGCAAACCCUAGGUUCGGCCUUUGGACACAGCCCUCCACUCAUCCAUCCUGCUCCAACGUUUCCUACCCAGAGACCUAUCCCUGGCAUCCCCAGUGUCCUGAACCCUGUCCAGGUCAGCUCUGGACCUUCUGAGUCCACACAGCAGAAUAAACCCACAAGCGAAUCUGCAGUGAGCAGCACUGGAGAUCCCAUGCACAACAAGCGCUCCAAGAUAAAGCCCGACGAGGACCUCCCCAGCCCAGGAGCAGGAAGCGUGCAGGAACAGCCAGAAGGAAUGACCCUGGUAAAAGAGGAAGGGGACAAAGAUGAAAGCAAACAGGAACCUGAAGUGGUCUACGAGACAAACUGCCACUGGGAAGGCUGUUCCCGGGAGUUUGACACGCAGGAACAGCUAGUGCAUCACAUAAACAAUGACCAUAUCCACGGUGAGAAGAAAGAGUUUGUGUGCCGAUGGCUGGACUGUUCCCGGGAGCAGAAACCAUUCAAAGCCCAGUAUAUGCUGGUGGUCCACAUGCGGAGACAUACAGGGGAAAAGCCACACAAAUGCACUUUUGAAGGUUGUACAAAGGCCUACUCCAGACUAGAAAACUUGAAAACGCACUUGAGAUCUCACACUGGAGAGAAACCGUAUGUGUGUGAACAUGAAGGCUGCAACAAAGCUUUCUCCAACGCAUCCGACAGGGCCAAGCACCAAAACAGGACUCAUUCCAAUGAGAAACCAUAUGUUUGCAAGAUACCGGGCUGCACAAAGCGCUACACAGACCCCAGUUCUCUCCGGAAACAUGUGAAGACCGUGCAUGGUCCAGAGGCACAUGUCACCAAGAAACAGCGGGGAGAUAUCCACCCAAGGCCUCCGCCACCAAGAGACCCAGGCAGCCACUCCCAGACCCGGUCACCAGGCCAUCAGACUCAGGGUGCAAUUGGUGAGCAGAAGGACCUCAGCAACACUACCUCAAAGCGUGAAGAAUGCCUCCAAGUGAAAGCGGUCAAGUCAGAAAAACCAAUGACAUCUCAGCCAAGCCCUGGUGGUCAGUCUACAUGCAGCAGCGAACAGUCCCCCAUCAGCAACUAUUCCAACAAUGGGAUCGAGCUUACUCUGACCGGUGGUGGUAGUGUAGGAGACCUCAGUGUCAUCGAUGAAACCCCAAUCAUGGACUCUACCAUUUCCACAGCCACCACAGCACUUGGCUUACAGGCCAGGAGGAAUAUGACAGGGACCAAAUGGAUGGAGCAAGUGAAAUUAGAAAGGUUGAAACAAGUUAAUGGAAUGCUUCCAAGACUGAACCCCCUUCCACCUUCCAAAGCCCCGACCUUGCCGCCUCUCAUAGGAAAUGGUACCCAGUCGAACAGCAGCUGCAGUGUAGGAGGAUCCAUGACUAUUCUGCCGAACAGGAACGAACUUUCGAGUACAGACAUCACUGUGUUGAACAUGCUGAACAGGAGGGACAGCAAUACUAGCACAAUCAGUUCAGCCUACCUGAGCAGCCGCAGGUCCUCUGGAAUCUCACCUUGCUUCUCCAGCCGGAGGUCCAGCGAUGCCUCCCAGGCAGAGGGGAGACCGCACAACGUGAGUGUUGCAGACUCCUAUGACCCCAUCUCGACGGAUGCCUCCCGGCGCUCCAGUGAAGCGAGCCAGUGUGAUGACCUGCCAAGUCUUCUCAGCCUCACCCCGGCCCAGCAAUACAGGCUGAAAGCUAAAUACGCAGCAGCUACUGGUGGACCCCCACCAACUCCACUGCCUAACAUGGAGAGGAUGAGCCUCAAAACAAGGAUGGCACUCUUGGGUGACUGCAGGGAGUCUGGAGUAUCUCCACUGCCUUCAGUGAAUGCCCCUCGAAGAUGUAGUGACGGUGGGGCAAAUGGUUACAGCAGGAGGCAUUUUCUGUCUCAUGAUGCUUUAGGAAACGGAACAAGAAGAGCCAGUGAUCCAGUGAGAAUGGCCUCCGACAGCCUCUCUCUCCCUAGAGUCCAGCGUUUCAACAGUCUUAAUAGCUUUAACCCUCCUGCUUUGCCUCCAUCCACGGAAAAGCGCAACCUUGUUCUUCAGAACUAUACCCGUUCUGAGGGUGGCGUCUUCCGCGGCUUCAGCUCCCCAUGUCCUCCGAGCAUCAGCGAGAACGUCGCCCUGGAGGCUGCUACAAUGGAAGCAGGUGGCAGUCUGAAUGAUGAGGAUCUCCUGCCAGAUGAUGUGGUUCAGUAUCUGAAUUCCCAGAACCAGGGCAUGUAUGACCACUUGUUGAACAAUGUCCUAGAUGGCAACAAAAUGCAUCACAGCUCAGUGUUAGGAAACAACAACCCCAGCAACUUCGACCAAGCCCCUCCACCGAGCAGUCAGCAGGCAGGUUCAGAGGCAAACAAAAGCGACUUGCCCAUUCAGUGGAAUGAAGUAAGCUCAGGGAGUUCUGACUUAUCUUCUUCAAAACUGAAAUGUGGCCAGCGCUCAGCAGUGCAGCAGUCUCGGGCCUUAAGACUGUAUAACAAUAUGAUGGUUCAGCAGCAGAGUCUGGAGAGAAGCAACAUGGUCCAGCAGAACGGCUAUCAGAACCUGAUGGAGAGCACUGGUUCCUAUGGUUUACAGCAAAACAUGGUUCUUGGCAGCGGAGCUGGCAAUUCUUUCAGCAUGCAGCCCAAUAAGCCUUACAGCGAAAGCAUCGGAAGGCAAGCUAUGAUGGCUGGGGCAAUGGACAAUUCAUGUGGCGUGGCAGUUCAAGGGCAGAAGUUAAGAAGUAGCAACAUGCCACUGAGUGGGAACCCACAAAAUUUCGGCCAUCCCAUGGUAUCCAGCGAUCAAGCCACCAGUAUGGCAAAUGGGAUACAGAACAGGAAUAUGAUGGAACAGGAAUAUUUGCAAAACCAGCCAGUUGGGGAUGGCGUUCAUUACCAGGGAGUCGAUCAAUCCGGUCAAAUGAUGCUAGGGCAGGUUAGUCCUACCUCACAAAGCAGCCUGUACCAAGGGCCACAGGGUUGUCCACCAGUGUCUCACACCACUGGUAACCAGCCUUCAGGUUUGUUGGUGUCCAAAAGUUACCAGCCAUGUGCUAACUACAGCGGCAACAGACGGCAGAACAUGCUGAGAAGCAACCUGGCACAACAGCAAGGACACAUAAGUGAUGGCAACCAGGCGUACAGGGUAAACACCAUUAAGAUGGAGAUGCAAGGUCAAUCACAGGAGUUCUGCUCUAACAUACAGAAUUACUCUGGUCAGUUAUAUGACCAAACCAUGGGCUUUAGCCACCAAGCUAUGAAAACAGGUUCUUUCUUUGGUUCGGAAGCUAACUGCCUGCUGCAGGGGACUGCAACUGCAAACUCAUCUGAGCUUCUUUCCCCGGGGGCUAACCAAGUGUCGAGCACAGUUGACAGCAUUGACAGCACCAGUCUAGAGGGCGUGCAGAUUGAUUUCGAUGCCAUCAUAGAUGAUGGGGACCACGUCAGCUUAAUUUCAGGAGCCCUAAGCCCGAGUAUCAUUCAGAAUCUCUCCCGCAAUUCCUCACGCCUCACCACUCCCCGAGCGUCUCUUACAUUCCCAGCUAUGCCUGUAAGCACAACCAACAUGGCUAUUGGGGACAUGAGCUCUUUGUUGACCUCACUUGCAGAAGAAAGCAAGUUUCUUGCUGUUAUGCAAUAGACAUAAAGAACAAAACAAAACAAAAAGAACCCUUAGGAAAUAACAGAUGAAAAAGACUCAUAUUUUUUAGUUGUGUAUGUAUUUUAGCAAUCUCAUCUCACCUAAAUGGGAUGUGUUUCAAGUAUAUUCCUUUUAUGGAAUAAGGACUCUGAAAACCCUAAAGUGUUCUAGGGAGAAACUGUCUUCCAUUUCAGUUUUGAAUCAGUAUUGCUACACCCAUUCCUCCCUCCCCUUUUCUCUCUCUCUCCCCUCCUCCCCCUUUUGAAUGUCUGUAUGCUUCCUUUUGCCUUUUUUUAAUUGUAAACCAAUGUAAACGUGUGAAGUGCAUGUUUUUGUUUUGUUUGGGGAUUUUUUUAUUUUAAGAAAGGUCUGAUGAAAUAA